AUGGAUUACGGUGUGUAUAGCAAUAGAUCUCCCCCUGCACCCCAUUUGUCGGUUUCCCGAAAUUUCAGCUUUAAUUUUUCUGCCGAUCAAAGUCUAACGAAUAUCAUUCGGCGAUCUGCAGCUUCUCGUCAUAGACGCGCUAAACAGCAAGCUGCUGAACAUAAACGUAGUCACAGUUUGGGAGAUAGUAAUAAUUUGUUUCUUUGGUCAUUUAAUUCUCGUCCCAAAAGUCGAAGCAUCCGUGGUUCACCUAUAAACACCCCACAGUCAUUUAUUCAUUCAGAGCUAAUCAGUCCAAGUCCUCAGCGGUCUUUAUGCCAACAAAAAUCUGAUCCUGAAAAGAUUGAACACGAUUUGGUAACGUCUACUUUAACUGCAGAAUCUGUUGCAAGUCGUAAUGCUUUACACUUAUUGCAAAACUUAUCAUUAACCUCUAGCACCGUAGAAAACUCUACGUCCUCAAAGUAA